CACUCAAAUGCAGAGCAGGGUUUUAUUUCCAGGUUUCGUUGUCAUUUACUCGUUUCCUCGUGUUUUUGUUGAUGUAAGCAUAAAGAUAACUCUAAACGGAAAAGGUUCAAAAAUGCACUUAACGUAUUAGUAAUGGUUCAAAAAUGUCCUCGUUCCAUCUAUCUGAUCACAUAUGCCCCUAAUGUUAGUUUCAGUCUUAAGAUUGCCUCUCCAUUAACUACACAACUAUAUGAUAUUCAAUUAAAUGUCAUAUUUGGUAAACCUAACUCUUUAUUAAAAGAUAAUAAACCUGAACUAUAGUGUAUGAUAAUGACAAAACUAUAAUCUACAUGAAUCUGUCUUUAUAUUCAUCAUAUAGAUUCCCUACACAUCAUUAUCAAAAGCCUUUUAAGUUUAAUCUCAAAGAUAAAUAGAGAUGAUACAUUUCACUCAUUUCUCAUAUCAUAGCUUAAAUUACCUAUAGAUGGAUAUAGGGAAACUUAUCUUAGUCUUCUUUUUCAGUACUCUUUGCUUCUAUCUCCUAUGGACACUCUUAAAAUUCGUUUAUUCAGUAUGGUGGAUGCCACUUCAAACACAAAAUAAAAUGAACUCUCAGGGCAUUAAAGGCCCUUCUUAUAGUUUUCCUCAUGGAAAUACCAAAGAUAUAUCACUGAUGAGAAGUCAAACUAUGGAUAAACCUAUGAUUGAUAUUUCUCAUGACAUUUUUUCAAGGAUUCAACCUCAUGUUCACACAUGGACAAGGAUGUACGGUAAGAACAUCAAUCGUUUAUGGAUUUAAGUUAUAUAGGACUGCGUAAAUAUUUCUUGUAUUGUUGUGUUGUCUAAUCUGUGAUAGCAGGUAAGUACUAGUUUUAUAUGUAGUUAAGCAUGGAGCUAGAGGGGCACAAAGGGGUCUGAAUCCCCUUUGUCGAAGAAUUACGUUGUAUAUAUCAGGUCAAAGGAGGAAUUUCCUCACUUGGCAUGGCUCGAAACCAUACUUAUUUGUCACUGAACCAGAGCUGAUCAAAGAAGUAUUGUCCAACAAAGAAGACAUUUACCCGAAAAUGGACAUGGAAGGCUAUGCGAAGAAACUACUAGGGGAAGCACUUAUAACAAAUGAAGGUGAAAAAUGGGCAAAAGUAAGAAAACUGGCAAACCACACUUUCCAUGCAGAAAGCCUGAAACGUAUGGUGCCAGAAAUGAGUGAAAGUGUAGCGGAAAUGCUAGAAAGAUGGAAAGAACACGAAGGAAAAGAGUUCGAUGUGUUCAAGGAUUUUGGACUGUUAACAACUGAAGUAAUUUCUAGGACAGCAUUUGGAAGUAGCUACAUGGAAGGCAAACAUAUUUUCGAGAUGGUGGCAAAAUUGACAGCAAUAACUGUAAAGAAUCUUUACACUGUCAAAUUUCCUGGAAUCAGUUGGCUUAUAAGAACAGAUGAUGAAAUUGAAGCAGAGAAACUUGAAAGAGGGAUCAAGAACUCAAUUCUUGAGCUAGUAAGUAAAAGAGAAAAGGGUAAAGAUGGCAUGUAUGAAAAGUUUGGGAAUGAUUACCUAGGACAACUUAUGAAGCUUUUGCAUGAAUCCGACACGAACAAGAGGAUCACCAUAGAUCAAAUGAUCGACGAGGUCAGGACAUUGUAUGGUGCUGGUCAUCUUACAACGACAAGCUUACUUGGCUGGUCUGUUUUUCUCUUGGCACUUCAUCCCGAAUGGCAAGAAAAAGCCAGAAAGGAAGUUUUUUUAUUCUGUGGCCUUGAAAAACCAACUUCUGAUGCAAUUGCAAGACUAAGAACAAUGAACAUGAUACUUAAUGAAUGUAUGAGAUUGUAUCCUCCAGUUAUUACAGUGACAAGGAAAGUUGAACGCGAAGUUAGACUGGGGAGCAUGACUCUUCCAGGUAACAUGACUAUUUUCAUGCCAAUUCUGGCACUGCAUCAUGAUCCUCAAAUAUGGGGUGAAGACGUUCACGUCUUCAAACCAGAGAGGUUUGCAGAAGGGGUAGCUAAAGCAACUAACAACAAAGCAGCAGCAUUCUUUCCCUUCGGAUUAGGACCUCGUACCUGUGUUGGUCUGAACUUCACAACCAACGAAACAAAGAUUACUUUAUCGAUGAUUUUGCAGCGUUAUAAGUUCACUCUGUCACCUAAUUAUGUGCAUUAUCCAUCUGAUAUUUUCCUUUUGACUCCCAAAGAUGGAGUUAAAGUUGUGCUUGAAUCCAUUUAGGUAUAUCAAUGUCUCUAAAUGAUGUACAAUAAAUAAUUUGCUAUGAAAAAACAAAUUAAAGCUUCUGAAUUCAGAA